CCCGCCCGCCACAUGCGUACACGCGUCGGCUUCACUAAACGUCGAGACCUCCGAGCAGUUCGGGCUAGCCUUCUUCGACAAAGAGGACCCUCCAGCCCCUCCGCCGCAACUCAUACAAGGUGUGUUUUGUUUCCUGAGAGCCUUGCCACUCUUGGCGAACGACAAUACGGAGCGGACAGCGCAAGCUCCGGCAGCGGCAAGGCAUCGGCUCCGUGCAAAGUGUGCGGCGACAAGGCCUCCGGCUAUCACUACGGGGUCACCUCUUGCGAGGGUUGCAAGGGUUUUUUCCGGCGAAGCAUCCAAAAGCAAAUAGAGUACCGUUGUCUCCGUGACGGGAAGUGCGUUGUGAUCCGGCUCAACAGGAACCGCUGUCAGUUUUGCAGGUUUAAGAAGUGUCUAACCGUCGGUAUGAGCCGCGACUCUGUAAGGUACGGACGCGUCCCGAAGCGGACAAGAGACGUCAACCAGGACAACAUGCCGGACCUCGCCCGGAACCUGCACGCGUCCGGUGUGGUGCCAUUGCCGGGAGUCGAGGAAAUGGAUUCCGAAACCCUCCGUCAAGGUGUAGCGAAGGAGUUGACCAGGAUGGUGACGGCCGCCCAUCGCAACAAUAACACCUAUACUGAAGAACUGAAGCGCACUCUGCAACGUCAGAAUAUUAUUCUGAAGAAUGAUGAUUCCGAUAACGAAGGUAGCGGUGGAGAGGAGGCGGCGAGCUCGACAACCGAUCGCGAGACUGAUAUACGGUCACUUCUGUGGCACAACGUGGCAGUGCGCAUGACACCUGCCGUGCAGCAAGUCGUCGAGUUUGCCAAGCGCCUCCCUGGCUUCCACUCGCUGCCGCAGGAUGACCAGCUCAUACUCAUAAAGCUAGGGUUCUUCGAAGUGUGGCUGACCCGUGCGAGCCGGAUCUCCACACACGAUUGCAUCGUGUUUGAUGAUGGCACCGCCAUUUCGCGCCAUCAGCUCGAGAUUGCUUAUGAUCCUCCAUUCGCGGCCGCGGUGCUGGACUACAUUCGAGCUGUAAUGAAGCUGCAGAUGACCGAGGAGGAGAUGGCCAUAUUCACCGGCUCUCUGCUGCUGUUUCCGCAGCGCCCGGCGCUCAGCGACCCAGAGCGCAUCGCGACAUUGUACCGCGCCACUACUGAUGCCAUACAACAUUUGAUCCUCGGCAGCGGCAUACCAGAUGCUACAGGGCGGCUGGAGGCGUUCUCUGCUUGCGCUCUGGAUGUCCGCGCGCUGGGCGCCCGUCACAACGAUCUGCUGAUUUGGUGUCGCGAACACUGGCCUCGACUGGCCCUUCCAGCUCUUUUCUCCGAAAUCUUCGACAUUCCCAAGUCCGAGGAGGAUCAACUGGAAGCCGUAGCCGCUGAAACUCAGCUGCAGGGCUAACUUCGCAUUUCUCAACGAUGCUUGCGCUAAGCCAUGAUUCUGGAAAUUUAUGAGUCAAGCCAAGGAAUGAAAAUUACCAAAUGUAGGAUAUUUAAAAGAUCAUUUAACUACUUAUUGCCUUAUUGGAAAAAAGGGUAAGUAUUAAGUAAGUAGGUAACAACGACUGAGUAUCACCGUGAGUGACGAAUUCGAAGAUCAGGAAUUUCUUGUUUCAUGGUAUUUCAAUUAUAUUUCUGUCUAUUUAUUUCUCUUUCAAUUUAUGUAAACUCGUUAAGCACUUUGAACUGCAAGCGUAACUGCAUUUCACAUCACAUAUGUGGCAUUACAGAAUUAAAUAAAAUUGAAUUAUAUAAAUUCGAUUGAAAAAAAAAAUUAAGCCACCUUCAAAUUAAAUACUUGUAGAAGCGCUGCAGGGACACGUCUUGUUUGAUACAAUAUUUAGUCUGCAAAUUGGCGCGCGUGUAGCGCGACUGUGGCGCUGCAGCUGUGUGCUUCUAAAUAUGAAAAUUACUAGUGGCACCUCUGCAACAUUUCCAUAAGUAUUCAAUUCGAAGACGCCCAAAAACAUAUAAUUCUACAACUAGCUACACGAAACACUACUUACAUUCUAAAUCCUUUGUAGAACUUCGAAUUUGCUUAGUUAUUAAUUCACUCUCUUUUAUUUAUAAGGGAAAUUUAUUUUCUUUCGAUAAACGGGACCUAUCCAGAUGAGGUUUAAUAAACACUCGAUAGUAUGGUAAAGGAAAUUCUGGAAUACAUCAGCUUCUCUUAUACCUUAUGCCACUACGACGUAUCCAUUAGCCCAUCGUCGCUCUUUCUACGUAAUAAGAUCUCUUAUUUUAGUGAACGUUGUUCGUAUUCUUGCAAAGUGUUUGACGAUAACAUUUUCAAACACAUUGCAAUGUGUUGAGAUAUUCACGAUGUCCAUUCUGUUGUACCUAGGUAUUUCUAAAUUAAUCAAUCAGAUCUUGACGGCUUGUAUGCAGUUCGACAUCGUGCAGGGUGCGUGAUUCUGUAAAUGAAUAUACUCGUAUAUAAUAUUCUUAAAAAGUUGAAUUUGUUGGUAAUACGUAUUUCAGUAAAUUUGAUGUUUUGUAAGCGGAGAUUUGAAUAGACAUAGACAUUUAACUAAACGUAAAGAAAGUUCUUCUUCUUACGUAUCGAUGGCAUACACUAUAAUGGUUGCCAUCGUGGAGAGAGGAUUUGCCAAUCAGCGUGAGAGUCCUCAAAAGAAACUAAUAUACACAGAAUGAAUU